AGCAGCCCUUUGCCCACAGGGCAGCGCAGGCAGGGAAGAGCUCUCCAAACCUCUCGCAGGCGUCUCCUCCAGCCCCCAGAGACCCUGGGGCUUGCCCCGCUGCUCUGCAGCCAGGCUAUGAGUCUAGCAGGGCAUCCCUCUCCGGCGUGCCCCAAGCCAGGGGGAUCCUGGGAUCUUCUCCUCGCCUGUGACGCUACGCUGAUGCUGGCACCUUCAGGUUGGUGACAACGGGCUGCGCCAAAGCUGACAGGGCUGGGCUGCAGCCGGGAAGCAGUGUGCCCUGUGUCACUUGUGUCCUGCUCACCCAGAUUUACAGCCCCCGGAGAGGGCGGCCAGGGCCAGGUGCCGAGAUGUGUGCCAUCGCACCAGGAGCUGGGGAAGCCCUGCCUUGCCCGGGGGUGGCAAGGCAGCGUGUGGCACAGGCAGUCCCUGAUCACUCGCUGCCUGGGGCACAGCAUGUGGGAGCUGGCAUGGGGCAUCCCAAACCCAAAAGCAGGCUGCUCCUGCUCCAAGCAGGGCUUGAAUGGGGGCCUGUCCGGGACCCACACUACCCAGGGCAGCAAGGCAGGGGUCAGUGACAGAAAUGGGGUUUCUCUCAAUGAUGGAUUUGGGGUGAGCAAGGAUACAGGGAUCCCUGACUCUGCUGCCUGCUGGGGAUGGGGCAAAGGGGCCCUGCAGGGCUGGCUCCUGCCCGGGGUCUCACAUUGCAGGAAGCAUGACGGUGUCCUUUCUCUCCACAUGCCACCAGGGUCCCUCUGUCCUAAUCCGGUGACACCGUCGGAGAAGGGGAAGGGGGGGAGGAAGGCUGGGUCUCCCCUGAGCCUCACUGCUAAUAUGGAAAGGCGCUGGCCCCUUUCUAUCUUUGCAAGUGGAGCUGGGCUGCAGGGCCGGGGUGGCAGGCGCGGAGAGGGGGAGCCCGGCCAAGGAAUGUGACAUAUCAGAGGCAGCUGCCACUUCGGGAGAGGGGGCAGAGGGAGCGCAGCUCACCAGGGGCUGCGCGGGACGGGACGGGUGAGGGGGGGGACGCCACGGCCCCAGCGCUGGGUCGGCUCAGCAAGCAGCCGACACCCGUGGGACUCACACCCAGGCCGCCGGAGAAGCAGGUGCCGAGGCGCUGGGCGGGCUUGGGGUCGCAGCGGAGCAUGGGGUGUGGGUGCUGCGCUUCACCGGGUGCUCGGUGAGUGGUAGCUCGGCAAGCAGCAACCCGAGUGCCCGCCUAAAAAUAGCCCCUCACUUGCCCACUGCGCUGCGACCUUCGGGGCUGCAGCCGGUGGGGUGGGGGCACCGAACCGGACGGCACCUGGGCCAGGGGGCCGCCUCUGCCCCAGCACCCCUGGCAGGCACCCAGCACCCCCAAGCUGCAGGCAGGAGGAGAAGAGGAGCACAGCGCUGCUGGCUCAGGUUGACGGGGGUCUCGGGCGUGGGCAGGGGAUCUGUAGACCACGCAUCGAGCACAGGGACGUGGCAGCAUGAGUAGGGCCAGUGGGGAGCCUCGGGCAGCCCCGCCGAGCCCCGGCAUCCCCCCAAAGCGUGCCAAGGUCACAGCAGAGCCGGGAGCACCUGAGGAGGGCCCGGCUCGCCCAGCGGCACCGUUUUUUGCACGGAAGCUGAAGAAUGCGGCAAUCGGCACCGGCUGUGACAUCCGGCUGCGGGUGGUGGUGGUGGGCAACCCCCGGCCCAGCCUCCGCUGGUACCGAAAUGAGGAGCUGCUGGCCCCAUGCGAGGAGGAGUAUGGCACCCUCUGGAUCCGGGACAGCAAGAAGGAGGAUGCCGGCGUGUAUACCUGCAUCGCCGAGAAUGAGCGGGGAGAGGCCAUGACCAGCGCUGUGCUGGCCAUCAUUGACAUGGAAGGUCACCCGACCGUGUCAGUCCCAGCGUGGGGAGCACACGCGUGGGGCUGGCUGAGCAGUCAGGCACAGGGUUUCCUAAGGGCACACCAUCACCUCUGUGUCACACCACUCACACCAUGUCACACCAUCCUUGCCAUUGCACAGCGCUCUGCCCCUCUCCUGCUGCAGUUACUCCUUGUACCCUGGCUCCAUGGAUGCAGGUGGGGUGCACUGGCCCUUCUCACAGCAGCAUUAGGCUGGUCCAAGGACUUCCCAGGUCCAUCCAGGGACCCUCCAGACCCUUCCUGCCAGCCCCGGUUCCCACCAUGGCUCCAUCGUCCCCAGGCUUGCUACAGCCUGUAUAACCUCUCAGCUGCAUCUCCUGAAUUUUUUCCCCAUAAACUGGAUUAAAUCACCUCCUAAGAACCUGAGCUAAUCUCCUAGAGCCCAGCCCUCCCUCACCGUGCCAGGGUUGCCUGAUCCUCCCCAUCAGGGCUGCCUCUUGUUUCAAGGUUAGAUGUGUCUGUCUUGGGCUCUCAGCACAGGGUCUUGCUCCACUUGCCUCCACCUGCACUCAGCAAUCAAACCGCCUUGGAACCUUUCCUCUGCCCAGGGAACAGCCUGCACCCUCCUGGAUUUGGAAGGCGGCAGGAGCUGCCUGUGCAUGGUAGCCCUGCAUGGCCCUUUCCCAUCCAGCCCAGAGUUACAGUGGGGCAACGUGGGCAUGCAUUUAUGGCUGGUGGUGCACGGCAAUGGCACCCCAGUGGGGAUGGCUGUGCUGACAAUGUCCUUGGUGGCUCAGCACCUCUGGCCAUUUAUCUGAGUGCCUAAUUUUAGUCCCUUAAUUUGCAGUGCUGUGCCCAUGUUUAAUGCCAACUGCCCCUUCCCUCUGGAGCCCCUGCCAGCCCUGCUCAGGGACCGAACAGGACCUAAAACCUCCCUUUGUCAUCUCCCCCCUCCCAUGGGACUCUCUUGGGCUGCCUCAGUUUCCCCUUGCUCUCCAUGGCACAGGGCACAGCAGCAGCUCAGAGGAGCUCAGGAUGCAGCAAGGCUCCAGUGCAGGCUGCCGUACCCCACCGUGGGGUGGGCACCAUGCCCAGCUGUGCCAGCGCAGGGGCUGCCUCUUCAGAGCUGCUUGGCUGCUGCCACCCCGGGUGCUGGUCUCAGCCAGUGCAGGGACAGGUCCCCAGGGCUGAGCACUGUGGGGGGACAGGGCUGGACGUGGACUUCAGGAUGCCCGCAGGCAGCGGGGCGGGCAGGUGGGCUGGCCGUGUGGCUGCUGGUCCCUGAGAACUGCCACAUGCCCUGGGGCUGUGCCCACUGCCUGGGUCCAGGGGUGGCACCAGGACCAGCCCAUGGGCAGCUGCCAGAGACGUGGGCUCCCAGCUCUGCCCCCAGCCACCUGGGCAGGGGGCUGGCGCGGCGGCCACGCAUGCUAGGUCCCCGUCCCGGGGUGCUGCGGACUGGGAGGGCUGCUCCCCAGCGAGCAGUGUGGCUGGUGCAGCUGUCCAGUCAGUCACCUCCACCCCUGCCCUCUCGCCCGCUGCCGGGGGGUUAUUUUUGCUGAGGAAUGUGCCGUCCUCUCGGAUUCUGGCAGGCUGGAGGGCUUGUGUUACAGGCAAGAGGCCGAGACCCGGGCCUGUGGGCGGGUAAAUAUAGCACUGCCGCUCAGGGCUUCGUGAUGGGAUGACGGUCUCUUCCUCCUCCCAAGGCUGCCCAGUGCUCCAUGUGCCCCUCCUGUCUCCUGACACCAAGUUGCUAGCUUGUGCCCUAGCAUGGUGGCACUGGGAAGGGGCUAGCUGCUUCUACCUUGCUGCCUGCACUCCUGCCUCCUUCCCCCCCUGCCCUCUGCAUGCAGUCCCUCAGCCCCAGGCAGGGGAGAUGCCAGAAGCGGGGCUGGCAGGCUGGGACAAAAUGCCUCUUGCCACCCUGCUUCAUGCCCAGGCACCCAGAGCCAAGGUCAUAUUGCUGUUCUGUGUCCCUGCGUCCUCCGCCUGCAGUGGGCACCAUGUGCUUGGGCAUCCUUCUAGUGGCAGCAAGGGGAGGCGAUGCAGGGGAGGGUAUUUGGGGUGUCCCUAGCCCUUGGGAGAGGGGUCACAGCACAGCAUUGCUCUUCCCCAGGGCCAGAAAAGCACGGCAGUGCUGUCCUGCCCCAUGACAAGGGCCAUCCCGCUGCAUUUAUUUCCCACUGGGGAUGAUCUGUAACUCCCCAGGCUCCCAGAACAUCCCUACCUCCCGCCGACAGUCCCCAGCAGCAUCAGGAAUCAAAAACACAUGAAAGAUUCAUGCCCAGACCUCCUCCUACCCGAGACGCUGCAUGGACCCACUGCCAUCAAUUAUUCAAGCCCUGAGACAAGGGGGCUGGUGGAUGGGGCCAGGUGGCUGGUGCUCAGCCAGUGCUGCGGUUGCAGGGGCAGGAUCCGUGCAGAGCUGCUGGGGAAGCCCAGCAAGGUGUGGGGAGCUGUGGAUCAGAGCAGUGACAUUAAUGCUGCAUUUUGUGCAAGCGCUGCUACCUGCUUUGCUCGGGGCUGGUGUGUGUCCAGCAGGCGAAGCUGGAGAUGGGUGGCAAAGGGGCCACCUGCAGGCUCUGCCCCAUG